GGGCCGGAGCCUGUUCGGCUAGUGAGGCCCAUCCGUUUCAAUGGUGCAGCUUUCCCAAUCCCCUCUCCGUUGCCCGUCGCCUUCAGGCCACUCGGAAGGGGGGGAGGACAAAAGCAUGAAGCCGGCCAAGCAGCAGGUGACCCCUGGUCAACCUGGGGAGAAUCAGCCUCCCCUGAGCCCCCUGCAGUCUUCUCUGAACUCUGCUGCCACUCCUUCCCAGGCAUAUGAGACUUACAUUGAUAAUGGACUUAUCUGUCUCAAACACAAGAUCAGGAAUAUUGAGAAAAAGAAGCUCAAACUUGAAGACUACAGGGAUCGCCUGAAGAAGGGAGAAGCCCUCAAUCAGGACCAGUUGGAGUCAGUGGAGAAAUAUGAUGAAGUGCUACACAACUUGGAGUUUGCCAAGGAGCUUCAAAAGACUUUUUCUGGACUUAGCCAAGAUCUGCUGAAAGCACAGAGGAAGGCUCAGAGACGGGAUACUAUAAUGAAGCUUGAAGCAGAGAAGAAAAAGCUGCGUACAAUACUGCAAGUCCAGUAUGUGCUGCAGAACUUCACUCAAGAGCAUGUUCAGAAAGACUUCAAAGGUGGCUUGAACGGUGCAAUAUAUUUGCCUUCUAAAGAACUAGACAACCUCAUUAGAUUUGCAAAACUGACAUGCCCAGAAAGAAAUGAGAGCCUGAGUGUUGAAGACCAGAUGGAGCAAUCAUCACUCUACUUUUGGGAUCUUCUAGAAGGCAGUGAGAAAGCUGUGGUUGGAACAACAUAUAAACAUAUGAAGGAACUGUUAUCCAAACUCUUAAACUCUGGAUAUUUUGAAAAUAUUCCUGUGCCUCGCAACAUGCAAAUAAAAGAGGAAUUGGAAGAGGAACUAAUAAGAAAAUCUGAGAGAACAAGACAGUUGCCAAAAGGAGAGUCUGUCAAAGAGCCAGAACCCCUUAUGAAGCUUUUGCAGUCUGAGAUACAGCCACAAGAGUUUCUCAACAGGCGCUAUUUGCCUGAAGCAGAAGGCUCUAUUAAGAAGCCUGAAGAAUGCAAACCUUGGGAAGCAGAAUGCACCAGAAAGCAAGAACCUCCAAAAUCCUGGGAAAUGCUUGUUGAUCUAGAAGAACAAGAACAGAAGAAGCAGAAGCAGGAAUCUCUAAAGCCUUGGGAAUCUUGUGGUAGGCAUCAGGAACAGAAGAAGCAGGAAUCUCCAAAGCUCUGGGAAGCUUGUGUUCGGGAAGAGGAGGGACAGAAGCAGGAGUCUUCCAAGCCCUGGGAAACUAGUAGGAAGCAGGAAUCUCCCAGACUUUGGGCCACAAAAGUUCGGGAAGAGCAGGAACAAAGGAAGCCGGAAUCUCCAAGACCUUGGGCAACAAAAGUUCAGGAAGAGCCAGACCAAAAGCAAGAAUCUCCAAGACCUUGGGAACCAGAACAAAAGAAGCAGGAACCAGUGAAGUCCUGGGAAACACGUGUUAGGGAGGAAUCAGAACAAAAGAAGCAGGACCCUCCAAAAGCUUGGGAAACAUCUGACAGGCAGCAGCCAGUAUCAUCGCAGCAGUUACAGAAUACUCCAAAGUCCUGGGGAGCAGCAAGCCUUGUGCCAAAGGAGCAGAUUGGGCCAAAGAAGUUUGAUGUGGAACCCAAAGAUGUGCCUAAACCUGGACAUCAGUCAGCUGCAGAAUUUUGCUGUACUUCUACUCUUCCAAAGGAUCCUAUACUAAGGAGGGAAAAACUGCAGGAUUUGAUGACUCAGAUACAAGGGACUUACAACUUCAUGCAGGAGUCCAUCCUGGAUGUUGAUAAAGCUUCACCAAGUGCUAUUUGUUCAUCACAACCACCGUCAGUAACUCCAGCAGGUAGUCCUGUAGCUUCUAAAGAACAGAAACUGUCAAGUCAAAAUGACUUUCUUCAACAGCCACCACAGGCUGCUGCUUCUCCCAUUACCUUGCAUGGCUCAAAUACUUCCUUAGCAUCUGCUGAUCACACUCUUUCUGGUUCCGAAACUGAUGAUCUUAUGACACCACAGACACCACAGGCAACUAUUCCCCUGCCAAGAGACCCACAGUCACCACUGCCUACUUCAAGUACCUCCAUGUCACCAGUGUCACAGGGGCAAACCUUUCAAUCUCCUCCAGCAAGCAGCAGUUCUGUUACCAUAAAUGCAGCUCCCUUUCAGGCUAUGCAGACUGUAUUUAAGGUGAAUGCACCCCUGCCUCCACGUAAAGAGCAGGAAAUAAAAGAUGACUCCUCAUACUCUGUGGGAUAUAACCAGAGUUUUUCUACAGCAAGUACACAAACUCCUCCUCAAUGCCAGUUACAGUCCACUCAUGUUGCAGAGCAAAACUCUCUUUCACAAGAAACUUUGCCAACAGUUAAUUACCAACCCGACGGAGCUGUUCCUGUAAGCAAUGGUAGCCUUGCCUUUUAUCCAGCACAGACUGUUUUCACCAGACCCACUCAGCCUUAUCUCAAUAGUCGUGGAUCUGUUAGGGGAUCUGCCAGAGGUGGGAGAUCACUGACCAAUUCAUAUCGUUCCCCUGGUGGAUACAAAGGUUUUGAUGCUUAUAGAGGAUCCCCGUCAAUACCUAAUGGCAACUACGGCCAGCUGCAGUUUGCUGGUAGAGAUUAUCCUGGAAUUCCGUAUUCUCAAAGGGAUGUUAAUUACCAGCAGUGCUAUAAACGAGGAGGAGUAACUGGCGGUCCUCGAUCAAACUCAAGAGCAGGAUGGAGUGAUUCUUCUCAGGUGAGCAGUCCAGAAAGAGACAAUGAAACCUUUAAUAGUGGGGACUCUGGGCAGGGAGACUCCCGCAGCAUCACCCCUGUUGACAUGCCAGUGACAAGCCAAGCUGCUACCAUACUACCAGUGCACGUUUAUCCCCUUCCGCAGCAGAUGAGAGUUGCUUUUUCUGCUGCAAGAACAUCUAACUUGGCCCCUGGAACUCUAGAUCAGCCCAUUGCAUUUGACCUUCUGCUGAAUAACCUUGGAGAAACUUUUGAUAUUCAGCUUGGUAGGUUUAAUUGUCCAGUGAAUGGCACCUAUGUCUUCAUCUUCCACAUGCUGAAGCUGGCUGUGAAUGUUCCACUGUAUGUAAACCUUAUGAAGAAUGAAGAAGUCCUAGUGUCUGCAUAUGCCAAUGAUGGGGCUCCAGACCAUGAAACAGCUAGCAAUCAUGCUGUCCUACAGCUUUUCCAAGGGGACCAGAUCUGGUUACGUCUGCAUCGGGGUGCUAUCUAUGGAAGUAGCUGGAAAUAUUCUACCUUUUCAGGGUACCUCCUGUAUCAAGACUGAAAUCAGUGUAAUGUUUACAAAAGCUGCUCCAAACAAAUUGGUGGGGGGGGGGGGAACUAGCUUUGCACUUAAUACCGAUUUCAUAGAAAUAUGGUUCCAUUAUCUGGGAGAUGGUGGUCCUGUUUUGCAAGGUGAAAUCCUGGAUCGGGUUACUGAAUCAGCACUAAUUUGGCACUUUAUCAAUUGUGAUGUAGCCUUGCUAGUUAAGCUGUGAAUGUAUAUUGUUUGCACUUAUCCUUUAACUGUAUUGAUGUCCAGCUUACUACACUACUGAUAUAAUUGCCUCA